GUCCCUGUUGUCAUUGCUGAUGUCAUUGCUGAUGUCACCACAGCCGCCGCAAUGUCCCCGCCGGUGGCAGCGCUGACCCCGGAGCAGAAGCAGGAGCUGGCGGCCAUCGCCCAGCGCAUCGUCGCCCCCGGGAAGGGCACUGCUGCCGAUGAGUCCACUGGCAGCAUCGCCAAGCGGCUGAGCUCGGUGGGGGCGGAGAACACAGAAGAGAACCGGCGCUGGUACCGGCAGCUGCUCUUCACCGCCGACAGCCGCGUGGACCCCUGCAUUGGUGGAGUCAUCCUCUUCCACGAGACCCUCUACCAGAAGACGGAUGAUGGGCGUCCCUUCCCCCAGGUCAUCCGCAGCAAGGGCGCCCUCGUCGGCAUCAAGGUGGACAAGGGGGUCGUCCCGGCUGGCACCAACGGCGAGACCACGACCCAGGGGCUGGACGGGCUGAUGGAGCGCUGCGCCCAGUACAAGAAGGACGGGGCCGACUUUGCCAAAUGGCGCUGUGUCCUCAAGAUCACCGCGCACACGCCCACGCGCCUGGCCGUCAUGGAGAAUGCCAACGUCCUCGCCCGCUACGCCAGCAUCUGCCAGCAGAACGGCAUCGUCCCCAUCGUGGAGCCCGAGAUCCUCCCAGAUGGUGACCACGACCUGAAGCACUGCCAGUACGUGACCGAGAAGGUGCUGGCGGCCGUCUACAAGGCGCUGAGCGACCACCACGUCUACCUGGAGGGGACGCUGCUGAAGCCCAACAUGGUGACACCGGGCCACGCCUGCACCAAGAAGUACAGCCCCGAGGAGAUCGCCAUGGCCACCGUCACCGCCCUGCGCCGCACCGUGCCCCCCGCUGUCCCCGGCAUCACGUUCCUGUCGGGUGGCCAAAGCGAGGAGGAAGCAUCUCUCAACCUCAACGCCAUCAACCGUUGUCCCCUGGCGCGCCCUUGGGCCCUGACCUUCUCCUACGGGCGGGCGCUCCAGGCCUCAGCGCUGCGGGCUUGGGCCGGCAAGAAGGACAACACCAAGGCGGCCCAAGAGGAGUACGUCAAGAGGGCCUUGGCCAACUCGUUGGCCUGCCAAGGGAAGUACACCCCCAGCGGCCCGGCGGGGGCGGCCGCCAGCGAGUCCCUCUUCGUCUCUAACCACGCCUACUGACGACGCGUCACCGCGCGCCGGGACACGCCUCUGCCACGCCCCCUUCCCCCCACCACCGCGCCCUUCCCCUCCCCUCCCGCCUUGGCUCCACCCCCUGUGUUAAAGGGACCGGGGCGGGAGAAUAAAAUGGCGACGGCUUGA